AUGACAGCAGGAUCAGACCAUCUGGCGCUGAAGGAGAGCUUCAUCAAAGCGAUUGGCACAGGGCUGGGCUUCGAUCUGCAGAGGGUGGAGUUUCACAUCUCGCCCAAUCAGACGCGAGAGGGGCAAGUGUACCGGCAGACACAGAUGUACCUGGACAAUGAAGUAGAGGACUGGACAUUUGAGGAGAGCUUAUUGGACAAAGAUCAUCACGUCGCUGUGGCGCUGGGAAAACCAGAUAUCAGCACAUCUGAAGAGGACGGUGGGACUGUUUGUGAAGCUCCGCCCCUUUCGUUCACACUGUUGAGUUUCAGUGAUCUUAUGUCUAAAGCCACGCCCCUUCUAGAGGAAGACCCCGCCUACUGGGAGAGAUUUCAGAGCAAAAAGGAAGCACCUGUUAGACAAAACGGCAGUGAAUAAAUUGCAUGUUUAUAUGGAUACUGGGGUCUUUUUUUUUAACUCUGCAUCUUUGAAGAUACUUCAACUUUAUUACUUAUAACAUCAUUAUUUCCACAGUGGCAAUGGAUGUUCAUAAAAGUCAACUUCACGUUUUUUUUAUCGUUUAACCAUUUUUUUCAGUCAUCGAUAUCAGCAAACUGAUUUGUUUAGGAAGGCACACACCAGCUAUUGAUGAAGUUUGUGCAGCUGUUUUCCCUCCAAAAUGAUGUCACUUCCUGGAGGAUGAUGUCAUCAAGGAACUGGCUUCAGUUAGUUAAUGGGAUAUAAAUCACAUUCAGCAGGCCAUUAGCUCGGUGUGUUGGGAAGGUCCUGCUUUUAACAAAUCGCUGCUGUUCGGACGCAGGUAUGCAUUUCCGCUCUUGUGUCCUUAAUUUAUUUGCGCAGUAAAGUCCCGCCCCUGGCGCUGAUUGACAGGAGCUGCAGCCACACAGCUUGUGAGUUACUGAGCCUGUCGUCUGGAGGUUAAAAGAGCAAAGUCUAUUACAGCAAAGCAGAACGGUCGAGGAUGAACUCAUCGGAAACACAGAUGGGAUCCUAUUCAGAUUAAACUCUGUACCCACAUGUAAUUACAUUUUUUCUAAAGUAGGAAAAUAGAGACUAAGCAGAUUGUUGAGUGAUGUACAUUUCAAAUUGAAAUUUUCAUAUAAAUGAGUUUUCAUGAUGCAAUUUAAUAAUGCACCAUCCAAUUAAAGUCUUGU